GCUCCUACACGUCAGGAGUGUCAGGGCCAAGAAGAUACUUUCACUGCAAGCUCGUCCACUUCAAAUAUAUCGGAUGAUGAAUUGAAUGGAUUUAAACAGCACAUUUCUUAGUUCGUCAGCAAUACUAGCAGAGGAGCUGAUAUCUAAAAAAGAUUUAGAUGAGUUACACCAAAAAAUUGAUAAAUUUCAAGAAAAUGUUUUAAAAGAACAAGAAAUUACACAAAAGCUUCUGAAACGCGUUCUCGAAGAAGUCAAAGCUAAUGGCAAUUCCAAGAGUAGCACACGCAAGCCGAUAAUGCCGAAAACACCGUUUAAAGAAGAAAAUGAUUUUAAAGACUUUGAGGCCAAAAUAGAAAAAUCGGAAAACAAAUUUAAUGACUUGGUAAGUUUUGUAAAUAAGCGUAUAACCGCAUACUAUUUAAACAUGAAAGUAAUUACAACAUGCAUAUGACUUUUCUAGGUUGCCGAUUUUUUGAGCAUAAUUUGUGGCAA